AUGCCCACGGGAGAAACAGCCGAGGAGCCUGGCGUCUCCCUACCGAGCGUGUACGUGCCCCCUCCGCGUAGAAGCGAUACCAAAGACGACGCUACUGUCUUUGAGUACGACGGCUCCGACUACAUACCUCCCGGCAAGGGCCCUGCCUCUGCGACUCGGUGGAGCUGGCCGCGGCGGCCGCGACACGAAGCGUCAUCCGAUUGCAAGUCCGAUCCGGCCGGCAACAAGACGAAGGCCUGGAAGAAGUACCGGGAGUGGGCGAGGAAUAGGAUCAAUCACGACGGGCAGCUGCACGAGGCUGUGCACAGGGCCCAGGACCAGGACCGGCGUGAGGGGCUGCGUCACCCUGAGUUCGGGACCAUUGACUGCGAUGCGGUCUCGAGUGUCCAGAGCUGGGCGACCGUGAGCAACGCGCCGUUGGAGGAGGAACCGCCACGGGAAGCUGCGGUGCCGGCAUGUCUGCCCGGACACCGCCAGCACGUCCGGGACGCCAAGUCGCUCGCGCGGUACCUGGCCGCGUCCGCCUACACGAUCUCGCUCGCCGGGCCGCCCCUGGCCGACAUGCAGUAUGGCGUCGUCAUCGUGCCCUGCGGCCAAGAGGAGCUCUUCUUCCGGGAGCCGGAAGAGCCGGCCUACGAGAAGCCGCUCGCCGCUUCCGUGGUGGACAGGAAAAGCGAGCGCCCGGCCUUGUGCGCGGACAGCGAAACUUCAAUGGGGAGCACCGCGUUCCGGUUCUUCGACAAGCAGCGGCUGCUGGAGAUGUGGCAGGAGGAUCGAUGGAAUGCAGAGGUUCGCGAGGAGAGGAAGAAGAUCAAGGUCGAAGAGUUGCUCGUGCCGCCUGAGCCGUGGGACCCUGAGUACGUGAGCUGCCUGGCUCCGGAGCCGCAGCCAUGGACGUCGGAGGAGCCCCAGACUCAUCUGCAGUGGGAUUCGGACUCGCCAAAAACAGUUUGCGCGACAGCGUCUGCGCAUGCAGCGUCGUGGGUGGAGGAGACGCCCUGCAUAAUCACGGACCUGGAGCUGGACGGACUGACGCAGCAAAUCACUACGAGCACGGAGGAGUCGCACCGGGUGGACGAAGUCGUUGAAGCGGCUUCAAUAUGUGACGCAACUCAGCAGAGUCCUCGCGCUCCGAGUAGCUGCAAUGGACAGCCGGCGCGAGUGAACGGGCCCGCGCUUGAUCCCGUGCCGACAGCCCAGCAGCCGUUGAGUGUCGAGGGUCGCCUAGCAAUUGAGAAAUUGCUCAGAAGCGCGGUGGAAGGGCCUACCCUUCCGCGGAAGCAGUCCAAGAGACGGUCCAUCCGUGCUGUGCUGCGUCGGAAGCGGGCCGUUCAGCCCAACAGCGCCGUGCCAAGCGGAGCUGUAAGCCAGCUGGUUCUUCGAGAGGUCGCCGCCGUCACAAAGAUGAUUGCAGACGGAUCCAUGAUGGAGAAUCCGGGGAUAGACGAUGGACUCUGGACUGCUGUGCAGCAGGGCUUGCGCUCGCGAUGA